CUUCGCAAAAACCACAAAAUGACGUCAAGAGGCACGCAGACAGACCUCCGUGACGCUCAGACGACCGGCACCUCGGUCGCUGACAGUGAGAGCCUCGUCAAGGUAUGUUCCCGAGGUGGUGUGACGUCUGAGGUGAUUGUGGUUCUGCGGAGCGUGCUGUGCUCGAGCCCGGUGGUGGAGUACAUGCUCAACUCAUCGCUGGCCAAGGGGGCGACGCAGACGGUGACCAUCAACCACUGCAAAGAGGCGGUGGAGCUGUUCAUCUACCUACUCAACUCCAUGAAGCAGGGCGACAAGUGGCUUAAGGUAGGUAGGGACGAGUCACACACGUCACGGUGCUCAAAGGCAAAGAACAAACCACAUACUUCGUCUGUUUGUUUGUUUGUUUCUUUGUUUGUUUGUUUGUGGGAUGGAUGGAUGGAUGGAUCAGGCUGCGGUGUCGAGUGUUGUGUGUGAGGAUGGUGGGUUCGAGUUGCCUGAGACCAACCCCCUGUCGGGCCUGGCUCUGCUCGCUAUGGCCGAGUACUACCAGGUCGACAUGCUCGUCAACACGUGAGCCAAUGAAAGCAAGAAAGAUGGACAGAUGGACAGAUGGCUUUGUGCUGUGUGCAGUCUGCUGUACGAGUUGUUUGCCGCCCCCGAUCGCUGGAGCUUCGCUGUGGCGUGUUUCGUGCUGCGUCUGAAGCCGACGGCCCACACGAUGCCCGCGUUCCCCAGCGAGAAGAUCAUGAGCAAGCUGAUGGCCCAGAUAGAGGAGGCCACCAAGCCACACACCGACGUACGCUCGCGUGACGGACAUCACAACACAUAAAUACAUCACAUUGGUGUGGCGCAGCGUGAUGUGUUUUGUUUGUGUGGGUACGUAUCUCUCUCUCUCUCUCUCUGUGUGUGUGUAUGUGUGUGUGUGUGUGUGUUGGUCAGGAUGAUAGUGAUGACGACAGCGACUGGGGCAGCGGCGGGGCGGGGGCUGCCAACACCACGACCGACACCAACACCACACCCACCUGGAAGCACUACUGCAAACAGCUCCCCUCAGGUCACACACGCAGCACAGCCCGACAGCACCAACCGUACACCUCCAUAUGUGCCCGUGCGUGCGUCUGUGUGAAUGGACAUAUGCACUGUAGAUUUCGUCGCUGAUUUGUUGGAGUUUGCCGGCAAGACCACCCACAGCCUCAAGCAGCAGAUCCCCACCCCAGCCGUCGCCGACUCGGAGAGCGACUGGACGGCCCCCCACCACCCCAUCACACACCAUCCUGCAGGCAGGCCCAGAUAUGGGUCGUACCGCCCGUGGGUUACCCCCCCCACGGGGCCGUGGGCUGGCGGCAAUGGCGGUUGGGGAAGUGCCUGGGGUGCGGGCGGCAAUGGCGGUGGGGGGUAUGGCUAUGGUGGCAGUGCGGCUGCUGGCGGAGGGGGCGGCUGGACGAGACGCAACAGAAGGAACGGCGGACGAUAGAUAAACACAUACACAUACAGACAUACACGACAGACAGCCACACGGGUUCACGGACGUAGCUAGGUGGCUCGGGGCGGGGGUUGAGUGAGCGUCAGAUUCAUUCUUGUCUUGCUGGAGAGAGAUAUCUGUCUUUCUAUCUCUCUUGUCUCUCGUUUCGUCUCGCCUAUGUAUUGUGUGGGUGUGGCGCGUGAGUGCUCUGCUGAGGUAGCUUUGCGACUGACUGCCUGCCUGCCACCCUCUCCCUCGAGUGUGGCACGGCAUGGCAUGUCUGCAACGCAACUGAUGCAUUCACACGCACAUAAGCAAUGGCUGACCUGCUCCUUUCCUGUCUGUCUGUCUGACUGUGUGUCUGUCUGUCUGUGUCUGAGAGGAAGACGCGAGGUGAGGCCUUCACUCGCCCCAGAGCCCGGCCAGCCGUCCAUGUGCGAAGGAGGCCGUGUGCGCAGCGAUCGAUGAGCUUGUCGCGUGUAGGAACAUCUCUCUCUCCCCCACGUGUGACGGCUGGUUGGUGUGCUCGCAUUAGCUUACGGAUGACCCUCUCUCUGGCUGCCUCUUUCUGCCUGCCUGGAUGUUCUCUCUCCGUGCGCAUGUGUGGAUGGAUGGAUGGACGAGUGGAUGUUUUAAGUCGCAAGAUCAAAUUUUUCUCUCUC